UGUCAGGCGUUCUGUGUUUUGUUGCUGUCAGACAAAUGUGGGUAUGAGGACAGAGUCAAUCAUGGCUGCUUUCUUGGUACGGUGUCUAAAAAGGUUGUACGUUUUCUUGUUGAUAUGUCCCCUCUGUGUCCCAGCCUUCUUGAAUUUAGAGGAGCUGAAUGAGAUGAAAUAUGGGAUUCAAAUUCUUCCCGAUCCCGUCAUCUUGGGGCAGACCAAGACAGAGGAGGUUAUGAUGGUGUCCAGUAAGUACAAACAGCUGUAUGAGUGUCGACUUCCAGCCCAGGCUGUCCGGUUUCAUCAGGAUCCUGCCUCUGAGCCUGACUCACAAGGGUACACUGGGCCAGACAUCCCAGACCUACUCAGUCCAAUGCACAAUGCCCAGUGUCUAGUAAAGACGAAGGACUGGUGGACAUAUGAGUUCUGCCAUGGUCAGCAUAUCAGACAGUACCAUCUUGAAGACACAGAGAUCAAAGGGGACAUUCUUUUCCUUGGUUAUUAUGAAUCUGAAUUUGAUUGGAGCAAUGAAACAGCAAAGGCCUCCAAACAGCACAGACUGAAGCGCUACCACAGUCAGACCUAUGUAAAUGGCUCUAAGUGUGACCUAAAUGGAAAUCCUAGGGAGACUGAAGUUCGGUUUGUGUGUGAAGAAGGCUCGGGUGACUACAUCGCCCGAGUGGAUGAGCCUCAGUCGUGCCGCUAUGUGCUGACAGUUCACACCAGUCGCACCUGCCAGCAUCCAUUCCUCCGGCCACCAUCAACUGCCAAGCCGCAGGCUAUCGUGUGCCAGCCAGCACUAAGUGCCCAACAGUACAUGGAUUACGUCAAGACUCAAGUCUCUGACACAAAGCGUAAAGUAGAGCAGAUCUCCGAGGAGCUGAGGAGUCUUGAUGAGAUGUUGGCUGGUAAUGAAGGGGCAAAUGGAGCAGUGGAAGUGACAGCAGAAGAGACAUCACCUAAACCCAGUGAUGACCCCAACCAGUCAGACAGAAAAGAUGCUGCUGAUGUAUCUGAGGAUGUCGGGUCUGAGGAGGCAGAAGAUUCUGACUUCUGGGAGGGAGUUACAAAGCCAGGGAGUUCAAAAACAACUGCUUCUCAACAGGAGAAUCAGGCAGCAGAUGAUGGCUAUAACUCACUUUCAGACAAUGAAGUCAUAGAUGAUGGUGAUGAAGUUGAAAAAUUCAACUUUAAAAUCAUCACUGACCCAGCAGACCUGAUGAAAUUUGUCCAACAUCUCAAAGAGAGUAACAGGAAGAAAGCACAAAACCAAGCCAAAAGUCUAGGAGAGAAACCAACAAGUGACAGGGUAACGGAGAAGCUCAGAGAGGAAGAGAAAGAUGAAGAUGAAGGCCUGCUACAGGAGUUUGAGGAUGAGAUGUCCGACCUCUCAGUGCCUUCGGAUAAGAUUGGAGAGAUAAAGGAGGAAAUGCAGAAGGAGUUUGACAACAUCAUAAAUGAGGCCCAGCAGGAAUUAGAGACAGAAGGUCUGAAAGGGGAGUUUGAUCGCACUCAAGCAACACAGACACUGGAGACGACACUGGAUAAGCUACUUGAUCAUUUGGAGGAGAAAGAUGUCCAGGACCCACAGCAGCAAACAGCGGGAGUUCAAAGAGCCAGCGACCCAACAAGAGGCAGUCCCAGCCUGGCUCCAAAGCAGCCAGACCAAGCGGCUGACGACCAUGUUAAGAUCAAAAUUACUAAGUAUAAGACGGGCAGCAGCCCUGAUGGGGAGGUCAAAGUUCAGGAGAUGGGCGAAGGAGACCCCCAGUGGCAGCACAUAAAGGACGUGGUUAAAGAACAGCUAGAGAAAGCAGGACUGAAGGCAGAAGGUAAAAUUGAAGUGAAGAUCUUGACGCGAAAAAAUGCAGAGGAGGCAGGUGAUCAGUGGCUGACUGAAGAAGAUACAAAGUCCUUCAGGGAGCUCCUCAUAAAUCUCCUGACUGGAGGCACAGAAGAGGUUUACAAAGAGCAAAAGAGGCACCAGGAGUUGGAGAACAACUAUAGGUUUGUGUGGGGAGAGUCCCAGGAGGAGUCCCAGUCAUCCAGCACCUCUGACUCAGACGAUGUGGACAUAUGAGCUCAUUCUGUACUUUCAGUGCACCUUUUGUGACGGUGACCUCCUGUGGAGACCAGCAGAGAGGGGGACUCUGAAGUGCAGCUGCAAAUUUGAAAAAGAGCACACAUGAUUCAAUUACUGCUAUUAAACCUGGCAGAUAAUAUCAACUCACCCAUUUGCACAUUCAGAAAAUGUGUCCGUGUGUCUUGAAUAGGCACCAGUUAUAUGUUGCACGAUGAAACCGCAACAUCUCAGCUGUACUCGUGCAGGUGAAUGAAGUUAUGCAUUUUCCCCUUUUUGAUGGGAUUCAGUUUUGAUAGAUGGCUAGAAAAGCCAAGUGAUGUACAAUAUGUACCUUUUUUUUUAUAUAUAUAUAUUUCAUUUAAUUUUGCUGAAUAUCUGCAUCUAGUCCUGAAGUUUGUGUGUGGGGGGUUGGGGGGGUUAUGCAUGCCUCAACAAACUGGAUGAGUGUUUGUACAUGUGUACAGGUUGUUCAACUUACUAUUUACUGAAAAGUAUAAUUGUGUCUGGAUAUGAAAAACAGGACAAAUACUCAAGGGUUCAGUUCCCACUUGUCUUUAGAACUUUCUGACAAGCUGCGUUUGGUGAUUAGAUUAAUCAGUAAACACAACUGUAGAUUACAGAAGUGUUUGUACACAUGCUGUGGCACUUUAUAUUUUAAAAAAAAAGGUUAUGUAAACUUAGAAUUUUAACAUUGUUUCACAAACAUUUUUGGUUUCCCUUGGGUUGUCAUGUACUGUUAAAAGGAUUCAAAAGGAAAAACACUUAAAGGGAGUGUAGGAAGAUAAAUCUUUUAAGUGUGUGCUUUGUUUUGUUUCUGACAAGAACUCCUGUUUAUUUAAGUUAUCUUAAUUUAGCAAUGGAAAACAAAGAAAGAUACAAAGUCAAUCAGAUUCAGUGUACCAGAAUAAUGAAUCCACACAAACCUCCUUUAGAGGUGUGCUUAAAAGGGCUGAAUUUGUACAGUUUGUGAAUAAUUGUGGCUACUUGGAACUCAAGAUGUACGUAAUUAUUGCAUAAAUAUGUUUUUGAGUUUAUUUGUUGUAUAUUAGUACAAGUUAAGUGGGGCUUGAGUUAUCUGAGUAAAUGUGUUAAGGACUCUGGUAUAUGAAACUUAAUUUCACUGUGGGACUAAGUCAUAUACAAACUUUUUCAGACACAGGACUGAGGCAUUUGUUCCCAAAGAAACCCGUGUCCAGUGGCUCAAGAUCAAACAGGCGGAAGAGAAAAAUAGCUUCAGGCACUGUGGGUGUGUUUCUUUAGUUGGCCAACUGAAAUUAAUUUGUCUUGUCAAAGAAUUCAGAUGGUCCCACCUUUAGUGGUCUUAUCUGAUCUGGGGCCUGUAUCACAAAGUGACAUUAGUGAGUUAACCAGCUGUCUUUAGGCUUAAUCAUGAUCAUCAAUGAUAGGCUCAGUGAAGCCGGGUGGGUUCAACCUCUCCCUAACAAUCAUAGGUGUGCCCUAACACUCAUGUUUCUCUGCAGUAGUCGUUUUGAUCCUCACACGUAAGCUUCACACAUUAUUUGUAAACCAUGACAACUUACAGUAGAGGCAGAAAAUACAAGAUACGUUCAUUACUGUAUAUUUGAAUGAGGCUAUAUUAUUGCAUUAGUCUGACAAAGGUGCAUCUGUGCUUCUUUGUAAAUAUAAGUCCUUUGAGCACUCUUAAUUUGUUUUGAAAUAAAAAAUACCAUGUCCUUUGGACAUCA